CAACACGCAACCAUGCUGCCAGACGAAAUCAUUGCACAGCUGGUUGGCGAGUUCGCAUGCCGUGACCAGCAGAUCCAGCAUCUAGCUGCCCUGUAUACCGAGCACCUUCCCUUACCACCAUUUGCUAACGUCCACGGCCUGACAGCGACCGGCAAGUCGUCUAUCUUGCGAUCAUACCUCCAUCUCACUCGGCUGCCGUAUGCAAUAAUCAACGUACGCGAAUGUAUAACCGCAAGGCAUCUUCUUGAACGCAUCGUCGCAGCGUCUCUCGAUGCGGUCGAAGAGGCUUACGAUGAGACGGUCGACAGACGGCCGUAUGCGCGGACAGAGAACCUAAGCGCACUAUGUGUAAACCUCCAAAGGAUGCUCGAAGGGAGAGGGAGAUUUGUGCUGGUACUUGACGCCAUCGACAAGCUGAGAGAGGGCGGUGGAACACUCAUUGCAGCCCUGGGCAGAUUGGGCGAAAGGAUACCCAAUCUCGCCUUCAUCGUCACGACGACCCUUGCAAUCACACCUGCGCUGCGACACGCCUCAUCCAUACCUUACAUCGCAUUCCCAUCCUACACGCGCCCGCAACUACUCACGAUUCUAAGCAAGAGCCCACCAAAAGUCUUCACUACACCGCCCUCUGCAGACAAGUUUCCAGACUAUACCCCCGACCUUGCCGCCGAAGACGACGCCUGGUUGUGGAACCGCUUCCUCGGUGCGGUUUACGACAGCCUCAGCAAGCACACCGGGCGGGAUCUGCUUAGCUUCCGUGCCGCUGCUCUUCGAUUAUGGCCGCAGUUUGUCGCGCCGGUUGUAAUGGGCGAGUUUGGAACACGCGACUUUUCGCGCCUCAUGGUCAACAGGCGCCAUCUGUUCCAGGGUGAGGAGGCUGUGCUGGACCGCAUCAUUGCCCCCAAAUCCGUUUCUACAGAGAAAAAUGGCGAUGUUGGAAAAGCCAUAACUCGCAAAGCCGUCCCGGGAAUUGUCCAGAAUCUCCCAUUCUACACCUCCCACCUCCUCAUUGCCGCAUACCUUGCGAGCUAUAACCCCGCGCGAACAGACGUCACGUAUUUCAUGAAGCAUACAGACAAGCGCAAGAACAAGCGCCGUGCCCCCAGCGCGGCAUCCUUGUCUGCCACCAGUAAAGGGGGCGUCAAACAUCGUCGAAUUCCUCGGCAUUUGCUCACGCCUAGUCCGUUUCCACUGGAUCGCUUGUUUGCUAUCUUCAGGGCGUUGCUUGUUGAUGGCGUACCACAGACGGCGGAUUUGUAUACCAGUGUCGCCACUCUGACAAGCCUGAAACUCCUGGUACGGACUGGUAUGGGCGGCGCAAGCGACGCACUCGAAGCUGGUGGGCGGUGGAGAGUAGGGUUUGGCUGGGAAUUUGCAAGGGGCUUAGGAAGGGGCGUGGGCAUUGAGGUCGGCGAGUAUUUGGUCGGGGGUGUGGAUUGACGCCGAACUCAAAGACAUCUAUGCAAAUCUCG